AUGCAACGAUGUUGCUUGCUGGUUUGGGUUUGUUGGUCUGAGGUGAUAACAUUGUUGCAAAUUGGGGGUUUUGGUUCGGCGGAAGGAGGGUUUCGAUUUCAGGUUCGAGGAGAUUGGGAAUGUGGGGGAGCGCAGCGAAUUAGGGGUGGGGGUGAAGUUCUGAGAGGUGCAAAUGGAAAAGCACUUGGGCAGGGUUCUUGGUGCAUUCCGAAGCCUUUAACAUCUGACCAAGCACUGAUGAACAACAUCAACUUCACCUGUGGGAUUGCUAUG